AUUCUCUCAACUAGUCUCAGUUCUGUGUAGCAAGGUGUAGCUGGUAGUGUCUUAUGGUUUCCGUCCAUCAGGGCGUAUGAGGAUACCAAUCCGCCACACCGAAGAGUGCAUUAGGAUUUAGCUGGAGUUGAGCGUUGCGUGCCGGAAGAAGAUGGAAAACAAGAUUGUUUUCCUACUCUUCCUAGGGGCAUUGGUAGGGGCCUCGCGGGGGGAAGCUUCACCGGACGAAAGCUUCCUCAUUACGUCUGUGAACAAGCAGAACUUGCUAAAGGCAUUGCUUCAGCAAGAGUCAACGACUUCCGACAUUGGUCGACGAGGAUCGGGCCAAAAGGAUGAGAACGGAUAUCAUUACGAUCGCCCAGACGAUCCACUGUGUCUGGUGAGUGAUGGUCCACACUGUCAGAACAAGAAACCCGACAACGGCUACCUGCCGCCUUGCGCACCAGGAGCAUCCGGACCGAACUGUCAGCCCACGGCACCUGUCUGUCCGCAGGGUGGCGUUCCACCGUACUGUUGCACGAACGGAGGAAAUGGACCGAACUGUGUGCUGCCGGAUGUACCACCUUUGCCGCCGAUAAUUGUACAUCCUGGCCAUACUGGAGCGCCUAUCGUGCAGGUGCAGACGUUCGUGUAUGGAGCCUGCACGAAUGGAGGAGCUGGACCUUACUGCUGUACAAAUGGAGCAAACACGCCUGACUGCGUCUUGAGCGCACCACCAAUUGUGAUCCCGGCUCCACCGCAGCCACCGCCAACGAGACCUCCACCGCCACCACCAACGAGACCUCCACCGCCACCACCAACAACUACGAGACCUCGUCCACCGCCAACGACUCGUCCUCCACCACCGCCGACUACCACUCGUCCGAGACCGCCACCUACUACCACUAGGCCGCGCCCUCCGCCGACGACUACUCGUCCAAGACCUCCGCCAACUACCACUCGUCCGAGACCUCCACCAACGACGACGAGGCCGCGUCCUCCACCGACAACGACUCGUCCGAGACCUCCGCCAACGACGACCAGGCCGCGACCUCCGCCAACGACGACCAGGCCGCGACCUCCGCCAACGACGACGAGGCCACGACCUCCGCCAACGACGACGAGGCCACGACCUCCGCCAACGACCACUCGUCCAAGACCUCCGCCAACGACAACGCGUCCAAAGCCGCCACCAACUACCACUCGUCCGAGACCUCCACCAACGACGACGAGGCCGCGUCCUCCACCGACAACGACUCGUCCGAGUCCUCCGCCAACGACGACCAGGCCGCGACCUCCGCCAACGACGACGAGGCCACGACCUCCGCCAACGACCACUCGUCCGAGACCUCCGCCAACGACGACCAGGCCGCGACCUCCGCCAACGACGACACGUCCAAAGCCGCCACCAACUACCACUCGUCCGAGACCUCCGCCAACGACGACGCGUCCCAAGCCGCCACCAACUACCACUCGUCCAAGACCUCCGCCAACGACGACAAGGCCGAGACCUCCACCAACAACGACUCGUCCAAGGCCACCGCCAACGACGACCAGGCCACGACCUCCGCCAACAACGACGCGCCCUAAGCCGCCUCCGACGACAACUCGUCCGAGACCUCCACCAACAACUACGCGGCCACGACCUCCGCCAACGACCACCCGUCCAAAGCCACCGCCAACUACCACCAGACCUCGCCCUCCGCCAACUACUACAAGACCUCGCCCUCCACCAACUACAACCCGCCCAAGACCUCCGCCAACGACCACUCGUCCUAAGCCACCGCCAACAACGACGCGUCCAAGGCCGCCACCGACGACGACGAGACCGCGACCACCACCACCGCCUCCACAACCCACGACCCCGUAUCCGUUCGUUCCCGUGACGCAACCACCGGUCGUGUUUCUUGGAUGUCCGAACGGAGGCGUCGGUCCGUACUGCUGCACGAACGGAGGAGUUGGACCAAACUGUGACAUUCCGCAGACUCCACUAUACCAAACGUGCGACAACGGAGGUCAGCCACCGUUCUGCUGUACGAACGGAGGCGUUGGACCGUACUGCGUUGAGAUUCAGCAAGCGAUCGAGGUACGUCCACCGACCACAAUCAUCUACACGGAUCCGACUUACCAGCCAGUAAGUACGGUCGUGGUGCCUCAGGGAAAUCGUCCAAUCGGGCAGGCUCCUUUGCCACCGCAGCCGCAGUACCAGCAGCAGCAGCAGCCGCAGUACCAGCCUCAGCAGCAGCUAUUCCAGCAGCAGCCACAGUUCCAGCAGCAGCAGUACCAGCCCCAGCAGCAGCAGUUCCUGCAGCAGCCGCAGUACCAGCUCCAGCCGCAGUACCAGCCACAGCGACCCACAAACGCACCCAGCUACGGUUAUCGACCUCAGGGAGUGAGCAUAGUGCCCAGCUCUACAGCAGCCCCCUUCUUUAUCGGAUCUCGCACGCAAGGUGAUAGCGCUGGAGGACAAUCGCCGGCCAACGAAUUUGUCCAGCCCAUUACGCCCCGUCCGCAACAGGCUGCACAACCGACAAGGACAGCUUCACCGCCAACGAGGAACCAGCCCAACUCGCAGCCCAGACAACAGGCCCAGCAAACUCCACGUCCGGCCGCUCCAUUCACGCCAAGACCGCAAGCUAGCCCAGCACCAGCUAGACAGCAGCAAUCGGCACGGCCUCAGCGACAGAAUGCCGGAAACGGUGGCUUUGACGGUGAUUUCUCCAGCAAAACUCCCGUACGACCGGCAUCCGUGGCGGGUGCAGGCCAAUGCGAAGGAGCAAACUGUGAGCACGGUUUCUACUACAAACUCGGCGAUCAGGCAGUCAUAUUUUAAACACUAGGGAAAGAAAAGCGUUUCUUAAGAUUGGUAUAUGUAAAUAAAUGAAUGGUAGUUCCGCCGUGCUCGAUGGGACAAUAACAAA